UUCAAAGUAGUUUUUGCUUGCUAAGAAUCAAACUUCAUCUUCACAUUCAGUUUUUUUUACGCAAUAGGCAUAUUCGAAAUUACAAUGUCGUCUAUUUUAGUACAAAAAUUUUGGGGAACGCUGGCCACAACCGAAUCAUUGUACCGCAUCUUUCCCCAGGUGAAUUCAAGAUGGUCUUCCACAAACUCCCAUCACGCACACAGUGUGGCCGCUCAGGAUCAGCGGACAAUCGAGGAGCCGUAUAUUAUCUUCCAGCGCUGGCUGAUUUCCGCUCAGAAGCAGGCGCCUCAAGUGAGACCGCGUCUCGCGUGCAUGGCUACUGUGGACAAGGCGGGCGAGCCAGUUACGCGGCUGACCAACAUUGAGGACGUCGGUGCCCACGGAAUCACGUUCUUUACGACGUUGGGCAGCCGACAGGCGGGCGAGAUAAGUCAGAAUCCCCAUGUUUCGCUGCAUUUUAACUGGGCGCCAUUGAUGCGCAGUGUACGGAUUGCUGGAACUGCAUACAAGCUGACAGAUGCGCAGGCAAUGGACCAAUUUCGCCGUUAUUCGCGCCACAUGCAGCUCUGCAUUACGCACGGACCACGAUACGCGGCAAAGUAUUCGCAAGCCCGCUCGGGUUUCUUUCAGAGGAUCGUUCAGCGCUUGAGCGCCUGGUUCGGAAAGGCACCAGAGGAGAUCCCUAUGCCAACCAACUGGGGUGGCUUCUUACUUGCUCCUAGUCUCUUUGAGUUCGGCAUGAUGGGGGAACAACAGGGCAGAAAACGUUUGCGCUUUCGCAGGUGUUUAAAUCUGCCUAGGGGGGCAAGAGGCGGAGCAGUUCAAGCAGAGACACAGGAUUGGGUUUAUGAUUCGAGCGAGGAAUAAGAAGGUAUCCUGAAUCUGUGCUUUUUAAACUGCAAUAGAACUGGAAAAAAUGCAGCUCCCGUCAUUAUAUGUAUUUGUGUGCAUGCGUAAACCCCAAAAAGUAAAAUUUUAUAUAAAUAAAUUAUA